UAGAGACACCGGCAUAGUGCGUUAAAAACCCUCCUGCUCUACUAUCAAUAUUCCUCUUACUAACGCAGUAUGCAACAAUGGGGAAAAUUUAUCAUUGUCGUCGCUUGGAAGAUGGCAAUAGUUGGCGCACAGUGUCCUUCUGAAUUUGAUUGUCCAAAAAAUGCGCCAUGGUGUUACUUGAUAUACCCAACAAGCAACGAUGGUUGGAAAUACAAAGAUCCGCAUGGAGUCACUUAUGACGCAAGCAAUAAUGUUUAUGAAUCACCGAACUGCUACGAAUUCAUAGCAGUAGAUGAAAAAGAAGGCACGAGAUCAUGUAUUGAUGCUCAGCAGGAAUGCGAACAAUUAGGCGGAAACAUCACCGUAAUAAACAGCAUCGACGAGUGUGAGCAGUUGACAAACAACGUACUCCAUAUUCUAAGUAUCAGAGAAGAUAAUACAUCCAGUGUUCAUGUCAAAAACCUCCCGAAUGAUAUUAGUAUGGGUUGCACAACGAUUAUGAUUGAAGACGGAUAUACAAUUAAUGCUAUAAACAUUAUAAAUAGUGAUAAUACCACAACUAACACUAUCGUUUGCGAAUCCACGGGUAAAUUACCAAAUUUAACAACAACCAAACCAGAAAUGAAAGCGGGUCCUAACUUGUGGAUUGUUGCUGUUAUAGCGUCAAGUGUCGUGGUCACAAUAGCAACCAUUUUGUUAAGUUUAGUACUUAUGCGACGCAGACAGAGAAGAAAAUUAGGACAUGACAAAGUUGGAUAUAAGGAAUAUGUAGCUGAAGGUGUAAGCGAGUAUGCUGUUGUCCAAUACCACAAAACCACAACUGACGAGGUUGUGUACCAAGAUAUCACUGAAUACCUGUACCAUAAUACCGCAGCAGGUAAGGUGGUGUACGACGAUAGCGCAGUGGAUGUGGCAUACCAGAAUUCAGACGUUGACAAAAGCAAACGAACUGGAAAGCGAAAAGGAAUUACACAUGUUACAGUUGGUGGCCAGCCUUCUGCACCAUUCAAUUCUCAACCAUUAAGCCAGAACGACUUAGACCGCCAUCAGAAAGUGACCAGUUCACCAGACUGUGUCGAUAUAUUUUAUGAAAAUAGUAUUCGCGCUCCCGGAAGUCAAGAGUUUCAGUUUAACGAGGAUUACAGUGAAAUUGAUGCCAAGUGAGAACAAAAGCACAGAACCAAAUAAUUGAUUGAAAUCAACGGAAUAUUUUGCUGAAAACGCGAUCACUAGCGUUUAAUGAUUGGAAAUUAUAUUUACUGUAUUUUUUUGAAAGCUUGCUAUAGAACAAUAGACUCAAGACUAUCGUAUUUAGGCUAUGUUAUUUGGUUAAUUUAUUGGUUGUUUAAUUAAAUAUAAAACUAAGUUUUAAGUUUUAUUACUUCAUUGUAGCAUAGACCUAAAUAAAACAUAUAUUGUAAAUAAACCCCUUAAACAAUAACAGAAGAAUCAAAAACAUUUAAAAAGUAGUAGAAUUUUUAAAAUAUAUGAGUUUGCGUAUAAUUGUGCAUGGAUAGGCCUUUUACGGACAAACCGUUAGUGAUUUAGUCAAAUUUGUAUCUCACUGGUAAUGGUAUAAAGUUUAUUAAUAUUAAAAUUAUUAGUUAAUCCUGUUAGAAUUACUAGUUGAUGCAUUUUCCAAACAUUUCUAAUUUGUAUAGAAAAGUACACAAUCAUUACAUGUUAUGUUUGUUUUUGUUCAUGUAAAGCGCAGAGAGGCAAAUUUCUUGAAUUUCGCGCU